GUAGUGCACGUCGGAGAUUGAGAAGGAUUUGGCUCAAGUGGACGAUGACGAUGGACAUUAGACAGUCUCGGUUGAAUGUGAAAAUUAACGGACAUUGUGUGACAAGUACUUGCGAUAGUGACGUGAGUGGAAUUGAAAUGGCUCAGACCAAGUUGGAUAAUUUCAGAACCGGCAAAAACCCUGGGAAAAGGUCUUUCGAUGUGGCGUUUCUGAUGAUGCCGGAUGAAAAGUUGAAAACUAAGCAAGUGAAGAAAGUGCAUUCUCCGACGAUUGAUGUGGAAAGUGAUUCGACCCAGUCCACCAGGUCUGAAGAUUUGUCAGUGAAAAAUGGGUUCAGUCCGAUUCGUCCGGUUGAGGAAAGGAAUUUCAACUUGGAUUUGCUCAGCCGACCACGACCGCAGGAAGGCAGUCCACAUUCCAUGCAUGAGCUGAGCAAUGAUCGGCUAGCAUACAUGCUACCGAAUGCUAGGUUUUAUGAAAAUCCAAGCCUGAUGGCAAUCCGCGAGAAGGCUGCUGGUAAUUUCCUCGAUUCGGAUCUCCCACGGAGUGCUUUUUCUAAAGUAACCAGCAUCACAGUGUCAGAUUCUCCCAUACCUCCGCUAAGUCCCGAUCAGCAUAGCUGUCCGUCAACUAGCCCACCCAUUUCUAUUAGCCCUGGUGCACCGGGUAACUUUCGGUACGACUACCCAUUCAUGAAUGGGAGCCCACAAUCACCGCCGGAGCUAACUCCAUCGCCACCAUCCAAAACGAAGCCACAGAUGAUGUUUCGACCACCCAUCCAAGAUCCAGAACUUCCUCAGGCAUACUUCCCGUCGCCUCCGUUCAUGCCGUUCGGCCCAGGAGCACCACCAGGACUGCUCCCCGAAGUGGACGGAAUUAUCCGCAAUCCGGCAGCGGCGGCAAUCCUCUCGACACUGCUGCCGACGGCGAUGGGAGCGUUUUCCCUGUCGGCACAAAACACCUGCGCCAAGUGUAACAUCAGUUUCCGAAUGACGAGCGACCUGGUGUACCAUAUGCGGUCGCACCACAAGAACGACCACCAACAGGAUCCGCAGCGGAGGAAACGCGAAGAGAAGCUCAAGUGUCCGGUGUGCAACGAGAGCUUCCGGGAGCGGCACCAUCUGACGAGGCACAUGACGGCCCACCAGGACAAGGCCGGCGAUCUGCUGGACCCGAAGAAGCGGAGCGCUGAGCAGCGGGCCGCCGCAGGCCGAUCAUAGUGGAAGCGGGGUAGGAUGUGUUAAGAUAUUUAGUAAGUAGCGAUGUUCUGUAGGUUAUUGGGAGUUGAGGGUUCGGCUAUGGGCGGAUGAUUCUAAGUGGGAAAGUUGAUUACUGUGAUGAAUGUGUUUGUAUGAAAAUCAGAAGACAAUUUCAUGAUAGAAGGUAGUUAAUAUUUCCAUUUGAUAUACGUGAAUAUUGAGUUUUUUGUUUGUGCACUAUAGAUUCGUCCAUCUUCUUCUUCUUCUUCUUAUUGGCAUUACAUCCGCACACUGGGACAGAGCCGCCUCGCAGAUUAGUGUUCAUUAACAAAUGUUAUUUUAAUGACGUAUCUACUUGAAACUGUGCUAUUUUUCAAAAACAAAUUUUCUUAUCAAACUAAUAUGUUUGGUAAAAUUAAGGCUUACAAUCGUUCAACCAAUCAUUUCCGAGGGAAGGGAUUGGACGGAUAACGAUUUAACAUGAUUACAAUGUCAUUGAGCAUAUCGUAGUAGGAGAACUGUUCCGUUUCCCAUCUCACUGAACUUAUAUUCAUCUCAUCGCAAAACAGAGAAAUACAACUUCAAUCUUGUCGCUGGUUUUACAAUCAUGAAAAAAUCACAAAAAUGAAAAAAAAAAUCAAAUUUCUUUUCUUUGCUUUGUUUUUGAUAGGAUAGAAAUGGGAGCUAUGAGAUGAAGUGCCAAACCGUUCCCCUACAUAUUGAGUGCUUUUGGAGCAUGGAAAUGAGAACACAUGUCAAAAACUUUUCAGUUUGUAUUUCAAAUAAAAAAAUCUUGAGAAGGGAAUAUGUUUGACUUAUUCACGAUACGAAUCAAUAACCAUAGAUGAUCCUGAUGAGUCGGCGUCGAGAUGGUGAAAUGCAUCUGAAUUUAAUUUCAGAAGUGGCCAACGAUUUCAGAAAAAAAUUGAAUGUCAUCAAACAUAAACCAGACAAAAAGGAUAAAUUGAUCAAACAGUUUUUGAAGCAUAGCGGAAACUGAUUAUUACCAAAUUUACAGUCCAUUUUCCACAUGGCCAAUGUUCUAUAUAUCUAGAUAUACCAAUCCUUUCUUGAUAUUUUCAAUACGAUAACCUCUCCAUCUCCAUAGCUGACAUGUCUAUUUUGGCCAAUUUUUGCCCAGGAUUUUCUCUUGUUUUGAGAUAUUCAUAGCCGACAGCUAACGAUAACAAUCACUCCAAAAACAACAUGUGAAAUUUGUUAUCAACGUUUUCCAACUUUA